AUGCCCAGAGCUGCCCCUAUAGAGCACACCAAGCCCUCGGUAGAUUCUCCAGCAUCGGGUGUGACACCUCGUAUUUCCAGGGAGUUGGAUAUCGAUUCGUCCGGACAAGAGGACUGGCAGCACGUACGAAGCCUGCUGUACUGGGAUGUCGAAGUCAUAGUGAUCGUCUGUUCGAUAGACAGCCUCGACAGUUUGGAGAACGUGAGGGAGUACUGGGUUCCGGAGGUUGAGGAGUUCGCACCGCCGGGGAUACCAAAACUUCUGGUAGCGAACAAGAAAGACUUGAGGGACGGAACAAAGAACCAAAUCGAUUACAAGCAAGGAGAAACCAUGGCUAAAGAAAUCGGUGCAUACGCCUACAUUGAGUGCUCAGCGUUGAGGUAUGAAGGCAUUGAAGACAUUUUCUUUUCGAUAGUGAAAGUACUGAAAAAGAAGACUGGUUGCUGUUGUGUUAUUUUGUAG